CAAUUCGAAUCUACACAGUACCAACAUGCGAGUCUUUGUCGUACUCUGCCUGGCCGUUGCCGCCGCCAACGCCGCCUCCACAUCUUUGGCAAUUGCUAAAGAUGCCGACGUUGCACGUGCCAAGAAAUCUGCGACGACAACGUUCUGCGUAGAGAUCCGACCAAGCGACCCGUACCACAAGCCCUACACAGUUUGCGAAAGCAACGGAGAGAAAUACACCGCACCUGCCGCUACUGGUUACGCCGCUGCCCCAGCUUAUGGCGCUCAGUCGACAUACAACGCCCCAGCUCAAGGUUACGGCAGCCAGCCGUCCAGCUACAACGCACCGAAGGCCGAGUACUCUGCACCAGCCUCUUCCGGCGGUUAUAGUGCCCCAGCUGCUGCUCCAGCUUACAGCGCCCCGAAGACCACCUACUCCGCUCCGGCUAAGAGUUACUCUGCCCCCGCUUCAUCGGCAGCUGCCACCUCAGGCUCCUCCCCAGCCAGCUAUUCUAGCGACUCGUCUUCCUCGACCUACAGCGCUCCCAGCAGCCCUGCUUACUCUGCACCUCAGAAAUCUUACUCUGCACCGGCUACUUCUUACUCUGCCCCUGCUCAGUCUGCUGGAUACAGCGCUGCUGCUCAUGGUCCUUCUCACUCUGCCGCUUACCGCGAAGACGAAAACGAAAUCGAAGAUGAUGAUCAUCCAGUCGGCGCUCCCAUCAUGGCUGAGGAACACGAAGAAGAAGAAGAAGAGAUGCACGAUGAAGGCAAAAUGAGGACUCAUGGUGGUGGAUACGAUGGUGGAUACGGGCAUGGUAAGAAACACGGAGGUGACUACGGCUACGGUGGACACGGUCUUGUUGUCAGCUGCCAACCAACCCUCGGCGGAUACGCACACAUUGGUCACGGAUAUGGUGAUCAUGGUCACGGUGGUUACGGACACGGCGGUUACGGACACGGAGGUUACGGACAUGGUGGUUACGGACAUGGCGGUCAUGGCGGAUAUGGCGGUUACCGCAACGCUUACUCUAGCCCGAAAACUUACAAGAAGACCAUGGGUUACGGCGCUCCAAUGUCUGGCUACGGAUAUGGUCCAGAACCAUCCUACGGCGGCUCUGAUCAAUCAUACUCUGCUCCAUCAAACUACGGUGGUUCUUCAUAUUCUGGAUCUUCCAAGGGUUAUUCAGCGCCUUCCAAGGGCUAUUCUGCCCCAUCCAAGGGAUAUUCUGCACCAUCCAAGGGUUACUCUGCACCAUCCAAGGGCUACUCUGCACCUUCCAAGGGAUACUCGGCACCUUCAAAGGGAUAUUCUGCGCCAUCCAAGGGAUACUCCGCUCCAUCCAAGGGUUACUCAGCACCUGCUGGAGGUUAUUCUGCACCUACUGCAUCAUACUCUGCACCAGCUUCAUCUUACUCCGCCCCAGCAUCGUCUUACUCCGCACCAUCAUCCUCUUACUCUGCCCCAGCCUCAUCUUACUCUGCCCCAGCUCCAGCAUACUCUGCUCCAGCGUCGUCUUACUCUGCACCAGCGGCAUCCUACUCCGCACCAGCUGCAUCUUACUCUGAAGGGUCAUCAUCGUACGCUGCCCCAGCGCCAGCAUACUCCGCAGGAUCGUCAUACUCUGCACCAGCUGCUUCAAGCUACUCGGAGCCCUCAUACUCCGCCCCUGCUGCUCCUGCUUACCAGGAAUCAUCGUCGUACUCUGCACCUUCCUACUCAGAAUCGUCUUCGUAUUCCGCCCCAGCUGCCCCCGCAUACUCUGCACCAGCUGCCCCAGCAUACUCUGCACCAGCAUCGUCUUACUCAGCUCCCGCCGCUACCUACUCUGCACCAGCCGCUCCAGCUUAUUCCGAAUCAUCAUCAUAUGGUGGUUCUUCUUAUGCUGCUCCAGCUGCUCCAGCCUACUCCGAGUCUUCUUCAUACGGUGGUUCGUCGUACUCUGCUCCAGCUGCCCCAGCCUACUCCGCACCAGCUGCCACCUACUCUGCACCAGCUGCCACCUACUCUGCACCAGCUGCCACCUACUCUGCCCCAGCUUCAUAUUCUGCACCAGCCACAUACUCUGCACCAGCUCCGGCUUACUCUGCCCCAGCCUCAUCAUAUUCUGCCCCAGCUGCAUCAUACUCUGCACCAGCGGCGCCCGCCUACUCUGCUCCAGCAGCCACCUAUUCUGCCCCAGCAGCAACUUACUCUGCCCCUGCCCCAGCGUACUCUGCACCAGCUGCCCCAGCCUACUCCGAAUCGUCUUCCUAUGGUGGUUCGUCUUCGUCUUACUCUGCACCAGCUGCAACAUACUCAGCCCCCCCCGCCUACUCUGCACCAGCUGCCCCAGCCUACUCCGAAUCAUCUUCCUAUGGUGGUUCGUCUUACUCUGCACCAGCUGCCACUUACUCAGCCCCUGCCCCAGCAUACUCUGCCCCUGCCGCGCCAGCUUACAGCGAAUCUUCUUCCUACUCUGCUCCAUCUUCGGACUACUCCGACUCAUCGUAUUCGGCACCAGCCCAGAAAUACACCUCAGCUUCUUCGUACUCCGCCCCAGCUGCUCCAGCCUACAGCGCCCCAGCAGCCGCUCCAGCAUACUCUGCCCCAGCUGCCCCAGCCUACUCUGGAUCAUCUUCAAGCUACUCCGCGCCAGCUCCAUCAAAGUACAACGCACCAGCUUAUUCCGCACCUGCUUCUUCUAGCUACUCUGCUCCUUCAUACAACCAAGGAGGCUACAGGGCCGCCACUGAAGACAUGAAGCCCGAAGAGAAACAAAUCUUGGACACCGCUGCCGAGAAAGACGAGAAAAAACCUGAAGAUGUUGCCAUGACUAAAUCCAUGGAUGACAAAGAAGAACACACCCUGCAACAGAUGCAACAGAUUGCCGAAUCUGCCAGGUCCAGCGGUGGCUGGAAGAGCGCUGACGCCGAUGACAAGAAAGACAAGAAAGACCUUUCCGGUGGAUGGGCGGCCGAAAACUAAAUCUUAAAUAUUUGAGAAUGUAAACAGGGAAUUUUAUUUAUAUGAAUGAUUUAAAAUCAUUUCAAUGUAGGUAUUGUAGUAGUGUAAACUUCAUUUUGUAUUUUUGUAUAUUUUGAGCGAGCAAAUAUAAAACAUUACGAUGUUUUUGAAAAAUAA